AUGGAUGGAAGGCUGAGCCCGGAGCACAGGCCACCAGCCCCCCCUACGCACCAGCAUGCAGCCCCCUCCAAGUCCCAGGCCGUUGUGAAAGAAGCCAGGAACAGUCUGUUCGGGCUGAGGGCCUCCAGCGCCAAGGAGUCCAAGAAUUACUCGGACCCCAAGGUGCUGGAAGGCACCUUCGAGCUCCUAGCCAACCUGCACCAGCUGCUGCCAAACCGGCUGCUGGAGCAGUUCCACACCUUCCGGACCGAGCAGGAGAAAUGCAAGUGCCAGACUCCGGAGUUCUCGGGCUUGGAAAGGAUCCUGGCCCGGCACGAGUUCCCAGAAGCCAUCAGUCUGUCCCCAAAACCAAGCUACCUGCCCCUGUGGAAAAGAAAGGGGCUGAACCACGCCAGGCACGAGUGUGAAGAGAAGAGCAGCACCCUGUGGGAAAGUCACACGGAUCCCCCCCUGAGGACCGUGAUGGUCAGGUGGAUCAAGACCCUGAUGACCACGGAGAACCAGCACUCGACCUUCCAGCACCUGUCCAUGUUCGGGCCCAUCGAGUCAACAACCAUAUGCGGGCGGCAGAGCGCCCUGGUGGUGUUCAAAGACCUGAGCUCGGCCUGCCGGGCCGUGAGUGCCUUCCAGGACUGCGGCUGGGAAGCGCCCAUCCAGUGCCACUGGCUGCACCCCUUCCUGUCGAGACCAGUAAGACUCCCCCAGGGGCUGGAGAGAUAG